CCAACCGCAACGCCGCAACCAUGGCCGAGAAACGAAUCAAGCGGAGAAAGCUCAGUCAUGAGGGAGAUGUGAAGCCGCAAAAGCCAAAGCAGGACAUCGCGAGCUCACCCGAGCCGGAAGAGCAAGAAGAGGCGAAUGGCGACAGCGAGAACGUCUCGAAGAAAUUCUCUGAACUUGGCAUUCGCGAGGAGCUCUGCGACGCUUGCGAGUCGCUCGGGUUCAAGGAAGCAACAGCGAUCCAGAGAGAGGCUAUACCGAUAGCACUUGAAGGGAAAGAUGUGAUUGGACUCGCAGAGACAGGAUCGGGAAAGACAGCCGCCUUUGCGCUGCCCAUACUGCAAGCACUGCUCGAAAAGCAGGACCACUACUUCGGGCUUGUUCUAGCCCCGACACGCGAACUCGCAUACCAAAUAUCGCAGCAGUUCGAGGCAUUGGGCAGUCUGAUUAACGUAAAAUGCGCGGUAAUAGUGGGAGGCAUGGACAUGGUUCCUCAGCAGAUCGCGUUAGCAAAGAAGCCUCAUAUUAUUGUCGCAACGCCAGGAAGAUUGAUGGAUCACCUGGAGAACACAAAAGGCUUUUCGUUGAAGAAGCUGAAGUACCUCGUCAUGGACGAGGCUGAUCGAUUAUUGGAUCUGGACUUUGGCCCUAUACUGGAUAAGAUUUUGCAGGUGCUGCCUCGAGAACGACGAACCAUGCUGUUUUCCGCGACAAUGUCAACGAAACUGGACAACCUCACUCGAGCGGCACUCCAGUCGCCAGUCCGAGUAUCGAUAUCGAGCUCCUCGUACCAGACUGUGAAGAAUUUGAAACAGAACUACAUCUUCAUUCCCCACAAGUUCAAGGACAUCUACUUGGUGUAUUUGCUCCACAAUUUCGCAGGCCAGACCUGCAUCAUUUUCACGCGAACGAUCAACGAGACGCAACGCAUCGCUUUCCUGCUUCGAGCACUCGGGCGGAGCGCCAUCCCUCUACACGGACAAAUGAAUCAGUCAGCUCGUCUGGGAGCGCUGAACAAAUUCCGCGGCGGAUCGCGAGACAUCCUGGUAGCCACAGAUGUCGCAGCUCGUGGUCUGGAUAUUCCCUCUGUGGAUCUCGUCGUCAACUAUGAUCUCCCGCCGGACAGCAAAACUUACGUGCAUCGUGUCGGUCGCACAGCUCGAGCAGGUAAAGCCGGUGUCGCAAUCUCCAUUGUCACGCAAUAUGAUGUAGAAGUGUAUCAACGGAUUGAAAAGGCUCUUGCUAAGAAACUGGAGGAGUAUCCGACAGAGAAGGAUGAAGUCAUGCUCUUCGCGCCUAGAGUGACGGAAGCUCAAAGAGUGGCAAUAACAGAAAUGAAGAAUGAGCAUGAGAAGCGUGGCAACAAGAAGGGUCAAGGUAUCGCAGGCAGAGGGAAAGGUGGAAAGAGAGAUCGAGAUAACAUGGAUGCCGAUGAGGGGUGAGUCGUUCUCACGAGCAUUGACGAGACUGCAUAUAUCAAGAAAGAAACCACAUUUUCUGAGACUCC